AUGGAGGUUGAGAAGAGCGUCCUGAGCCUCAAGGGCCCCAACUACGGUGCCACGCUGACGGACGUCUGUUUCAAGCCCGACGGCAGCAACUGUGUCGUCCAGUCUGUGUCGGCCUACUUCAGCAACGAGCCCUCUCUUGUCGACAAGCGCCACUGGCAGGAGGAUCUUCGGGCCUGCGCCAAGUCUCCCGUCGAGUGCCGGCCGGAGUACGGACAACCGCUCGAGCCCAACGCGAUUCUUGGCGAUUGGGGCAGUGAUCCCGUCAACGCUACCGCCAUGACAGUGAACUGGGUCGUGAAGAAUGCCGAAGAGAACAGCCCCGAGGUGGAACGCGCCAUGGACUGGGAGCGUGCUCUUCGCGACCGCCUGCUUGAGGUCCAGAAAGAGGCCGAGGAGCGUGGUCUGAGGCUCUCCUUCAGCACCGAGAUCAGUCUGGAACAGGAACUCAACAAGUCGACCAACACGGACGCCAAGAUUGUCGUCAUCAGCUACCUCGUCAUGUUCCUCUACGCCUCUUUUGCGCUUGGCUCCACGACCUUGUCGAUUCGUGAAAUGGUCCGGAACCCCGCCAUUGCCUUCGUUCAGUCCAAGUUUACACUUGGCGUCGUUGGCAUUCUUAUUGUGCUCAUGUCCAUCUCUGCCUCGAUCGGCCUGUUCUCGUGGGCUGGCCUCAAGGCUACCCUCAUCAUCGCCGAGGUGAUCCCAUUCAUCGUCCUUGCGGUUGGUGUCGACAACAUCUUCCUCAUCGUUCACGAAUUUGAGCGAGUCAAUGUCAGCCACCCCGACAGCAUGGUCGAGGAGAGGGUUGCCAAAGCGCUCGGCCGCAUGGGUCCUUCGAUUCUCCUCUCGGCUCUCACCGAGACGGUGUCCUUCGCCCUCGGCGCCUUUGUUGGUAUGCCGGCUGUCCGCAACUUUGCGGCGUACGCAGCGGGUGCGGUCUUCAUCAACGCCAUUCUCCAGAUCACCAUGUUCGUCUCCGUCUUGGCGCUCAACCAGAUGCGCGUCGAGGAUCACCGAGCCGACUGCUUCCCCUGCAUUCAGGUCAAGGCCGCCCGGGUUCAUCUUGCUGGCGGCAACGGCAAUGCGAACGCUCGUUACUAUGAGGUUCCCGAGGAGAGCUGGCUGCAGCAAUUUAUCCGUAGGACCUACGCACCCUUCAUACUCGGAAAGAAGGUCAAGACAGUCAUCAUCGCGGUCUUCCUCGGCUUCUUCGCUGCGGGCAUCGCUCUCAUCCCUGAAGUCAAGCUCGGCCUCGACCAGCGCGUGGCACUGCCCGAUGAUUCGUACCUCAUUCCCUUCUUCAAUGACUUGUACAACUACCUUGACACCGGCCCACCCGUCUACUUUGUCACGCGCGAGCUCAACGUCACGGAGAGGCAGCACCAGCAGGAAAUUUGCGCGCGCUUCACCACAUGCGAGCAAACGUCCCUGGCCAAUCUCCUCGAGGGCGAAGGCGCAAGCGUCCCGACGUUUCGUUCAUCCGGACGCCCGCCGCCAGCUGGGUGGACGACUCUUCUCUGGCUCAACCCUGACCUGGGCGAUCAGUGCUGUGUCGAGAACGGCAAGGCAUGCUUCGCGGACCGUGAUCCUGAGUGGGACAUCACCCUCACGGCAUGCCUGAGGGCGACGAAUUUGUGUAUUACUUGGAGAAGUUUUUGA